UUUUGUAAAUCAAUGGUACCAACAGGCAAUGCCAUAAGGGAAAGAAAUUUAUUGUAGGUUUGAAAAGUUGUUGCCUUUAUUGACGCGACUUAAGCGCCAUCUGACCGAGUAGAUGGACAAUUAAAAUUGUAGGCGAUCUUUUACAUUUUAGAUUAAAUUUUAGGGACCCUAGAGGUCGCCAUUGAAUACUAAGAGAUAGUAGGUACUAUCACAGAUUAUUACUUGAAUGAUGGCAAUCUAAGAAUACCGACAUACACGGCGUAAUGUUCGACGGAUUGUUUUCGCGUCCUCAUACGAGCACGAUUCUUGAGACAAUCGUGCGAGGUUACAGUUACGGUCGACGAUGAUUCAACUAGCCGGUUUGUUUUACGGUUCGCGACGCGCCAUCCUGCUUGAAAUUCAGUAAUCGUUUUCCGAAUGUUUUCAUCGUUAGCAACUUAAAUUUUACCACGGGGAUAAGCGAAAUAAUAUCGGCGAUAUAUAAUAAUGGCAGCCCAUAAGACAGGCGGACAGAGUACACGUAAGAAGAUACAGGUAUCCAUGGUUAUAAGGGAUGAAGUAGAAAGAAGGCACAGAGCUGGCGUUAAUUCUUUACAAUAUGAUCCAAUUUUACAUAGACUUUAUUCUGCUGGCAGAGAUAGCAUUAUAAGAAUAUGGAAUUGUAAGAACAUAAAUGAACCUUAUAUACAGUCUAUGGAACAUCAUACAGAUUGGGUCAAUGAUAUUGUCUUAUGUUGUAGCGGAAAAACUCUUAUAUCUGCUAGCUCUGAUACCACUGUCAAGGUUUGGAACGCUCAUAAAGGAUUUUGCAUGUCAACAUUAAGGACUCAUAGGGAUUAUGUAAAAGCAUUGGCAUAUGCUAAAGACAGAGAAUUAGUAGCUAGUGCAGGCUUAGACAAAACAAUCUACCUCUGGGAUGUAAAUACGCUCACAGCUCUCACUGCGAGUAAUAAUACAGUGACGACAUCAACUUUGUCUGGCAGCAAGGAUUCGAUAUAUAGCCUUGCUAUGAAUGUUACCGGAACAGCUAUAGUAAGUGGAAGUACAGAAAAAGUUCUUAGAGUAUGGGAUCCAAGGUGUUGUACAAAACUUAUGAAACUGCGUGGACAUACAGACAAUAUUAAAGCUUUAGUGCUAAAUAGAGAUGGCACAAAAUGUUUAUCAGCAAGUUCAGAUGGCACAAUUAAAUUAUGGUCACUCGGAGAACAAAGAUGUUUACAAACUUAUAGAGUACAUAACGAAGGUGUUUGGGCAUUAUUGGCUACAGAUACUUUUAGUCAUGUAAUAUCAGGUGGUAGAGAUAAGAGAGUUGUAAUGACUGAAUUAAGUCAUCCUGAUAAAUCUGUUGUUAUAUGCGAAGAAAAAGAACCCAUACUCAAAAUGGCUAUGACCCCUGAUCAAUCUAGUAUUUGGGUUGCAACUAGUGAAUCUACCAUUAAUAAUUGGUCUAUAAGCCAAAGAGAUUGGCAAGAUAUUGGAGAUUAUUGUGAUUCUACUGGAGGAAUGGCAGGAAAUGUUGGUGUACCAUUAAAUACUGAACCGAGCCAGAGGAUAUUAGGAGCUCCUGCAAUACGACAUUGUCAUAUCUUAAAUGAUAGGAGAUACGUUCUAACAAAAGAUACAGAUGAAAAUGUAGCAUUAUAUGACGUAUUAAAAGCCUGUAAAGUCGAAGAUUUAGGUCAUGUAGAUUUUGAACAGGAAAUAAAAAAGAGAAAUAAAAUGGUUUAUGUUCCAAAUUGGUUUAAUGUUGAUCUCAAGACUGGGAUGUUGAGCAUCCAUUUAGGACAAGAUGAAAAUGAUUGUUUUUCUGCAUGGGUUUCUGCUAAAGAAGCUGGUCUAACAGAUAAUAAGGGUCAAGAUCAAAAAGUAAAUUAUGGAAGUCUACUUUUACAAGCACUCCUUGAACACUGGUGGCGACCAAUGAAUGCAGAUGAUGAUAAUGAGGGAAAUGGUAAUGAUGGAAAUGGUUCAACGCAUGACAAUGGUAGAAAUUUGUAUUUUUCUGUACCUGGUCAUACACCUGUAAUUUUCAGUGAAGUUGGUGGUAGAACAAUGUGUAGGUUACUAGUUCGAGAUGCUGCAGGUGAAACAGAAAGUGUAUUAUUGAAUGAUACAGUACCAUUAUGGGUAUCUAAUAUCGUAGCAAAUAAAAAUCUUCCACAAUUCAUCAAAAUACCUUUUUAUUUAACUCCACAUGCAAGUUCUGGAGUGAAAAGUCUGAAAAAGGAUCGUUUAAUUGCAAAUGAUUUUAUACAAAUUCGAAAAGUGGCAGAACAUAUUUUUGAUAAAGCACUUUGUGCAGGGAGUGAUUCUGGUUUAGUAACUGGCGUUGGUAAUUCCGUAUCUGGUGGUUCUCCAGCAGGAGAUAGAGCAAAUACAGAUUCUAAUGCAGAUUCCUCUUCAUUAGCUGAGGAAAAAGUUGAAAUUUUAUGUAAUGAUCAAGUUCUAGAUCCAUCUAUGGACUUAAGGACUGUUAGACAUUUCAUUUGGAAAAGUUCAGCAGAUUUAACACUUCAUUAUCGUCCUGUCAAAUAGUUAAUGCUGAAUACAUCAAAUUAUGGAUCCCUGAAGUGUGCCUGGUUUUGUACUGUGGUUAAAAUAAUGGAAAAUACAUGGGCUACUUGUAGAGUGCAAAAUCACAUACCAACUUCACUUUAUGAAAUAUUUAGCCUGUUUUCAAUGGAUGCUUCAUAAAGCAAUGAAAACAGAGGCACCUAUGGAGUACAUAAGAUUGAAUAAGUUUAUAGGCAAUAACACGUGGAAGUAUUAACAGAAAUUGUUGAUUUUAUAUAUAUAUAUAUAUGUAUAUGUAUAUGUAUAUAUAUAUAUAUAUAUAUAUAUAUAUAUAUAUAUAUAUAUAUAUAAUUGGUCUAUAUCCUGUGGCUGAACUUAUUCUUGUGAACAGGAAAUGUAAAAUUUGGUUGCAAAUCAUUUGCUUUUGAAAUAGUAUGCUUUUUGUACCUGGAUAUAUUUAUUAGAGAGUAAAAUGCUUGUCAGAGUCAGCCAGUUAGUGUCUUCCCAUUUGAAGUGUAUCACUAUAACAUAAUAGCAAAAGCACAGUGGAGAUCAAGUGCAUGGCCCAGGAAAUCACUGCUUACUAUUGUUCCCUGAUAAUGAUUUUAAUACUAAAUAAAUUUAGUAUCACUUUUUAGUAAAAUUUAAUAUAAUCGUUAAUAAAUAUAAGAGAAGAGUAAUAUUUUAUUUGAAAAACCUUUAGUAAAAUUUUUAGGUAUUUAUUAAAGGUAUACAGAAAAAAAAGAAAGAAAGAAAGAAAAAAGAAAAAUAAGAAAAGAAAAAAAAUUACAAGAGCAUGACAAUUGUACUCCACACCUGCCUUCAUAUCUUACGAAAUGAUUAACAUAGUAAGAAAAAAAAAAAGGAAAUGUCAAUUUACCUUUAAUCAAAUUAUAUUUGAACAGCCAAAUCAUACCAGUUCAAUAUUUCCUAUGUGUAAUAUGGGAAGUGAACGAACUUAUCUGUCUUCAAGAUUUCAAGAUCAAACUCUGUCUUAUAUGGGACUUCCAGUUUUAAUUAAAUUAUUAAUAAUAAUAAUCUGGCUCUCCUAAAGUGUAUACAUAAUAUCAUCUAUAUUACAUACAUGUUUGUUAAUUAAGGGAUACAAAUGUUACAACAGAAUUUGAUCUUGUGGGGACUACUGUAACUAUUAAAAUAUAUAUAUAUAUAUAUAUCUAUAUAUAUAUAUAUAUAUAUAUAGAUAUAAACAUUAAGGUACUACAAUAUAAACGAACUUCUCUUCACGAAAAAAAAGAUUUUGCACGUAUAACAAGAAUUGUGCUAUUAUAAUCGAAUUGGUUACUUAAUAUAAAAAUAUAGCCAAGUGUAUAUAAAAUUUGAAAGAUGGGAGUAACUUCAUUAUGGUAGAGUAUAAUUUUAUGCUGCUACUAAAUUAUCACUUGAAUAGCAAGAAAUGCAGUUUAAUAGCGGAAUAAUUUUUUUUCGUGUAGAGUCGAUAAAGCAAAUUAGAGAAAUAACUAUCGCGCGCGAGAGAGAGAGAGAGAGAGAGAGAGAGAGAGAGAGAGGAGAGGGUAUAUAUGUACAUUCCUAGUUAUAUUUAACCUGUUUUUAUCUUUAUAUGUCAGCAAUAUGUAUACAAGUACAUUUCUUACAUAGACCUAUAUCUUCAAUUUUAUUGACACGUUAUUCUUUUUAAUUAGAGAUUGUUCAUAUUAUCGCAUUAUUAUCACAUCAUGCAGAAAAAAAUUCAGAUGUACCUAAAAAAAAAAAAAAAGAAAACUAGCAGAUAAGUAGUAGGAGAUAUAUAUUUCAGUGAUGAACUGUUACACUGCUUCUCUUUAAAACAACAUAUCUUUGGUGGAUUUGCAAUAUGUUAUAUAUUUAGAUUAUGUAUCAGUUUUGCAUUUAUUAGUACAUAAUUUCAAAAUGUAUCACCUGAAAGCUUGGUUUCAGGAUAUAUUUAUGUACAUGACAUUACAAGUAAGAUCAUUUAGUUCAUUUAUUGUUAAAGGCUGUCAUCGUUUAAAAAAAAAAAAGAAAAAAAGAAAAAAAAGAGAACAAAAAAGAAAUUAAUAAUUUAUCACAGUUUAUCAAAUUUACAUUAAAUAAGGGGUUUGAGAAGAAUAGAAAUAUGCAUGCAAACCAUUAGCAAAAGAAUCAUAUAUAUAUAUAUAUAUGAUUUAAUUAAAUAUAUAUAAUUAAAUGUAAGUACAAGAACAUUUACAUAGGGUGAAAUAAGAUAUUUCCAUAAUUGCCAGUUUAAUACACUUGCUUCUUGAGAAUUUGAUUUUAUUUAAGAUUUUCUCUCUCUUACUCAGGGUGCCACUUCAUUCAGUAUACAUAUCUUAAUGCCUAAGAUCAUUAAGAACUAAUAUCACUUGAUCGUUAAAAUAGCAUUGAAAGAUCCUUUUAUUUGUAAUUUCUUUUUACUUAUGAAUAAUCCUUUCCUAUCUUUUCUAUUUUCAAUAAACAAACAUAAUGUUUUAUUAUCAGAAUUAAGUAUGUUCUAAUAUUAUUAGAUAAAUUCUUUUAAGUUGCAAAACAUACUUUGUGUCUCUCAGGAACUUAUACCUUAUAACCAUUGAUUUAUUUUAUAUACAUAAAAAAUAUCGCGAGAUCUUGAAUGAUAAUAUCGAAUUAUAAUUUUUCUAUACAUUUCUAUCUUAACACACAUACACACACACACACACACACAUACUCACACACAGGAGGAUAAUAUAAUUAAAUGUUCAUUGUCAUAAAAUCAAAAUCGAAAUUUGUAAUUGUAUAUUAUAGAAAGUAAUGCAAACCCACCAGAUAUGGAAAGUUGUGACUGCGUUGUUUAAAGAAAACAAAAAGAAAGAAAAAAAAUUACAAUUUAAUAGUAUGUUAAUAUUCACAAAAAAAAACAACAAAAAAAAAAUUAAGCAUUUAUUAAUUAUUUUUAUAUUUUAUUACUAUCAUAUUAUUUGUUUACAAUCAUGUAUGUGGUAAUAGUUAAGAUAUAUAUGCUUUCAUUCUAAUAUUACACUUAUAUAUAGAUUGAAUAUAAUAAUAAUUUAUUAAAAUUUUGAAUUUUAGAUUAAUUUGUUUUGUGUUUAAGUGUAUUUUAUGGAUUAAUAUUUUCUAAUGCAUUUUUCAUGUUUUUGAUAUUUUAUUUAUUUUGUUUUCCUCACUUCAUUGUAUUCUUAAACAUUUUUUUGCGAUCAGUUAACACAAUGCAAGUAUUUUAGAAUGAAGUUACUGUGUAGAAAAAAUGUUAUAUAUAUAUAUAUAUAUAUGUAUAUGUAUAUACACACAUACGUAUGCAUACAUACAUAUAUGUAUAUAUAUAUAUAUAUAUAUAUUUCAUCUAUGAAAAAACUAUUAUAUAUUAGUAAGCCUUCCUGAUUAAAAAAAAAAAAAAAAAAGAAAAAAAAAAGAAAAAAAAUGGGAAAAAAAGAAAAGAAAAAAAAAUGUAUAUUGUUUAUUCAUUCAAGGAUACAGUAGUAAAAUGAGAUAUCAAAACUCCACUAAUUGCAGUUCGAAAAUAUAUGCAUGGCUUAAAAUCAAAUUGAUUGAGCCCUCGCAUCACACUGUGUGCAUAGUUUUUAAAAAUAGUUGGUAAUGUUUAUUAUUUAUAAAGAGAAUGGUUAUAUAAAAUAGUGCCAAAUUUUAUACUGAAAGCAGUGUUCCUUACAGAUGCACAGAUUCUUUUGCAAGAUACAGAAUCAGAGUGUAUUUACUCUUUCUAUGUAUAUGAUCAUUCUGAAAUGAAAAACAUUUAAAUUCAGAUAUGCAUGGUAGAAAGGGAUGCUGUAUAAAAAUUAUGAAAAUGUAUAAUUAUGGAAAAAUUA